AUGACCCGUCCCUCAACAUUCAGCACAGAUGAUACUACCGAUACUGAUGAUGGUGGUGAGGACCAAAAUAAGAAAUCGGAGGAGGAGAGCUCUGGUCCUCCAACAGCUGAGGGACCGGAUGGAAAGAUUUCGGAGAGCUCUCACGUGGCCGAGCCGGGGAACGGUCAUCAUCUGCUAGCUGGAGCAGUACAGUCGGAUACCUUUGGAAGCUUCCAUCGGAGCCCGACAUCGAUUGGUGCCACCACCUUCGACUCAAAGGGUAUGGACUCGGCGAAGAAAAUGAGCACAGCAGUACACGAGACCCCGGAUGCCGAUCUGGUUAAACAGACCCAGGAGAGUAGACAUCGCGCCGAGGACCAACAAACCUCCAGCUCGUUCAUCGACGACACCGAGCUGUCGCACAAGAAAUUCGAGAGUCAGGGAAGCCACUCGGCUUGGCAUACACACCGAUCAAGACAUAAGACUAGUCAGCCCACGGAGGAGACCCAAGUGUUCCGACUCGGAACUGGUAAAGGUAGUACGACAACUUUUGGACGGACCUCCGCGACCACAUUCUUGGGCUUGGACACCCCAACGACCGAGGGGAAACGAUUCGGAAAUAAAAAUGACUUCUCCACCCAGUUCAUGGACUUUGACCCAACCCAUUUUAUGACGAGCCGGAGCGCCCGGUGGAGGCGUAGUAUUAACGUGAUGGAGUCGGAAGAUAACGACAAGAAGCCGUUAAUCCAUCUGCCUCCCUUUUCGGAUAUCCCAGUUUUAGCCAAUGAACCCGUCGAAAUCGUGCCUCGUCUCCCGCAAAUGAGCACCAUCAUGCCACUCCUCCAGCCCAAGCCACCCGUUGCGGAACCAGUAUGUCGAGAUCUGCUCGUCCUCUUCGAUACAACUGGCACCAGCCCGCUGGUCUUCAAAAGAAACCGAAAUCUCGUCAAGCAAAUCGUCAAUUCGGCCAUAUUGCCCUGGCAGAAAGUGGCUUCUUUGAUUGCGUUCUCGACGAUUGACAAGACAAAAGCUGUCGCCAAGUUUGAGGAGCGGCUCGACAAUUGGGGUUUUAUGAGGCGAAUCGAGGAAAUCGAUUAUUUUGGUGGAGUUGGAGACGUGGCUAAUGCUCUCAAGAUGGCAAACGAUCUAAUUGCCAAGAAUUCGAUGCCAGUGGAUGUAAUUUUUGUGUCUGAUGGCUACAGCUCUGAAAACUACACGGAUCCACUCCAGAAAAUGCUGGCAAAUGACGCGAAUCGUUUCUUCGUCCUGGCGCCGAAUCAUAAAAAAGUCUCCAGCCAACUCUCCAUCCUCGUAAACUCUCAGAACAUCUACAACAAGUUCGAAAACCUUGUCGGCUUGCGUGAUAACUUGGCUUGC